AUGGAGAUAGUUGCUAUAUUGGAUGGCAUAACAAUGGGUGGAGGAGCUGGGGUUUCAAUCCAUGGUUCGUUUCGGAUUGCAACUGAUAAAACUAAAAAACCGCAGGUUUUUGCUACUCCCGAAGUUCUUAUUGGCCUCCAUCCUGAUGCUGGUGCUUCCUAUUAUCUUUCACGCCUACCUGGAUACUUAGGCAAGUCCUUUAGUUGCUUCUGCCAUUCUAUUGUUACCCGUCUUUUUCCUUGGGAAACAUCAUCGCUAUUCUUGGCUUUGCCUCACUCCAUGCUCUAUAUCAAAUAUUACGAGACUGAUAGUGUCCUUCUCAUUGAAGAGCAACUUGGUAAAUUAGCUACAAAAGAUUUUUCUGUCAUGGACACUUUUCUAGCUAGAUUUGGUCAGACUGCAAAUUUGAGCGAAAGAAGUGUUCUUCACAGGAUGAGUAUGCUGAAUAAAUGUUUUGGUCAUGCCACAGUUGAGGAAAUUAUUAAUACUCUGGAAAGUGAGGCAGCUAGAACAAAAGAUGAGUGGUGCUUUUCAACGCUAGGAAAACUAAGAGAAGCUCCGCCUUUGAGCUUGAAGGUUUCCCUGAGAUCUAUACGAAAAGGUAGAUUUCAGACACUUGAGCAAUGUCUUGACCGUGAAUACCGAAUGACACUUCAAGCAAUUUCUAGACAAAUCUCCACUGACUUCUGCGAGGGAGUUCGAGCAAGAUUAGUCGAUAAAUGCUUUCCACCGAAGUGGGAUCCUCCUUGUUUGGAGCAAGUCUCGGAAGACAUGGUGGACGCAUACUUUGCCCUGCCUAAUGCAUAUGACCCUGGCCUGGAGUUACCUUCUAAGCUACGAGAAGCCAUUGUCUAA